ACGAGUCCGUGCGGUCGCUUUUUCUGGCACGCAGUAACGACUCCCUCAUGCAUAAGGCACCGAUGCACAGUGACACGUGCGAUGAGGCUAGAAUUUCGCGGGCGCUUGGUCAGUUUGACUACGUCCUGUGGGUUGCCCUGGGAGGCACCCUAGCAUGGAUUGUUUGCCGUCUCUUAUCAUCGCGUGGCUCUGCAAAAAAGAAGCAGCUCGUCAACAGGCGUCGCUGCAUCUCAUCUGAGCUUCCCCCGGUGUUUCCAAAUGGAUGGGUUCCACUCCUCCAGUCUGCAAACCUUCAAGUCAACGAAGCAAAACCUGUUACCGCGAUUGGUCAAGACUUCGUGGUGUUCCGCACUGAGGACGGUGUUGCCCACGUGCUGGACGCCUAUUGCCCUCACCUGGGAGCUCACCUUGGGGUGAUGGGCCGUGUAGUGGGAGAUUGUAUCGUGUGCCCCUUUCAUGGAUGGAAGUUCCAGGGUGACACCGGAGCAUGUACGCACGUGCCCUACGCAAGCAAGCUUCCGACAUUCGCAAAAGUAAAGACGUGGACGAGCCUAGAAAAGUACGGCCUUAUAUUCAUCUGGUAUCACGCUGAAGAGGAGCAACCCGAGUGGAGCAUCGACGAUUUCACCGAGCUCAGCAGUGGGGUAUUCAAACAGAUGGCGCGCCACGAGACCAAAAGCCAGGGCCACGUGGAGGACAUAGCCGAGAACGUGGCAGACACAGCACACCUGAACUGUGUCCACAAGGCCUCGUGGCUGCUGUCGGCCGAACAGUACGCACGUGAGGCGGCCAAGCCCGACUCCUGGAUAAGCCGCUUCAUGUCGGUCACCUGGGAAGCGGCAUGGUCACCCGCAUACUUCAGUGCCUCGGCUUCGUUCGCCUUCGAUAUGUCCCUCUUUGGUUGGAAGCCUCGCAUCCUGCACUGCCGUGGUGUCAUCUCCCAGUGCGGUCCAUACCUGGUUGUUGCACGCAUAGAAUCGGCGUUUGGCUGUUUCGUGUCCAUGAUGUCGAUUACUCCCGAAGGACCAUUUGAACAGCGCAUCGUUCACCGAAUUUUCGCUAAACCAAGCAUUAUUUCUUGGAUAUGCUGCAUAGGGAUAGAGUGGGGAUACGCAAAUAUGCUUGAAAGAGACUUCGUUAUCAUGAGGAACAAAAUUGUUCUCAAGAAUCCGGCUCUUGUCAAAGAAGACGACGGAAUAUUAACAUUCAGGAGAUGGUACAAGAGGUUUUACACCAGAAAUAGCCCGACAUGGCAAGAUGUCAAAGAGCGAGCUCUGGAGUGGUAAUGACUUCGCCCAUUUGUACUGGAUUUGAUUGAGGUAUUUGGAUGUAUUUCAGAGCAUGGACAACUGGUGAUUGAUUUGUAGAGUGUCUCUUUAUUUUAUGGCUGAAUGAUAGAUGAUGUCUGAUAUGAAGCUUGAAAAGUUUAUGUAAAUAAAUCUGAGCAUAAUUUUGACUGCUUUCUUUUCA